AUGAUUGAACAUUUACAUGGAGGCCCGAAAUCAGAAGCUGAAUUCCCCACAAACCGUUCUAAAUAUCAUUUGAAUGAAGAAGAAUGUAUAACCCAAACGAUAAAAGUAUUUAGCGAGAAAAUGUUGAGAUUGUCUGAAGUCACUUCCCAACAAGAUGAAAAAGAAGAAAAAGAAGCUGACGAAGAAAGAAUCGUAAAGAAAGAAAUCUUAAGCUCCAGAAGCCGUAAGGUGAAAAUAGAAUGA